ACCAUUCUUACUAUCUUCUUUUGCAAAAAAGAAUUUAUUUUACCUGUCACUUUAUCGUCUGCCAAUAAAAUGUGCAUUACAGUGUCCGAAAUGAACGGAAGAGGUCUCUGACACUGGCAUUUAUGGGGUGUGAAACAAACCAAUCAGAUGCGCGCAUCUUUCAGAAGCUGCACAUUUAUUGGUACACAUGUGUGUAAGAGGGGAAAUCUCAUUGUGAAUUAAACGCGCGGUACUAAACGAACGCAUACAUAAAAGCAAAACACGAGUAUGUGAUACAUCGAGAUGUCCUAAAUUCUUAGAAUCGUAUAUCCUUGGGUCCCCAUGUUCUUGGGACCCUCCUCUAGAUCUCAAAAUAGUCCUACAUACUGUUAGGGAUCCCUAAGUUGGUGACAUCUUCAGAAAUUCCUGAACAUUUGCAUAUGAUGUACCAAGAUCAAAUCAAAGUGUGAUUCAAGAUAAAAGUUGUCUUCGCGCGGUUAUUGAGGUCAAUCGCUUGACGUUUUUCUUACAAAAGAACAAUUACAACGAUUAAUAUCACAGUUAGUAUUGAAAUAGACGUUUCGACCUUGCAUACCUGUGCUUCGGCGAUUACAUACAUAUAUCAUGAAUCGAAUACAUCUAUACAUACGUAUAAAUGUAUGGCUCGUAUGGAUGCCUUAACCGCAAUACGGGACAUCCUGCGUCAGUGGAUCACGAUGAAUGCUGCACGUUGUUUGUACGUUUCCCGCUGGCACAUUAAAAUGUUGAGAAAAACGUGAGGUCUUCGAUAAGCCCGCUAUUCACUGCUGAAAUUCUCCAAAUGUAACAAAAUAUUUAAUCCGGAGAACCGAGGAUGUCAAAACGGCUCAGCUUCUAUGGUCUGGUAGGCCUGGCGUCCCUUUGCAUCUUCUUCUUAGCAUUUAAUCAACGCUACAGCAGCUAUCUCGAGCAUCGACUGCAGCCGGUGAUAUCGGUCAGUAAAAAAUCGGAGGAUGUUGAGAUAAGGCCCCGCAUCAUCAAAAUUCAAGAUCCAGUAACGGCAUAUUUCAGAGGAUCCAUAGAAAAUAUCACUCUUUCUGAAAUACAAGAAGUUGUGGAUCUGCAAAGAAAUGCAAUCGAAAGGGAAAUGGAAGAUUAUAAGUAUCCUGAUGGAAAAUAUGGAGUCAAUGUUAGUAAAUUGGAGGAUUUAGUGUUAGAAAAAGGGGGAAGACCAAUGAGGAGCGUAAUUUUAACCAGUUGGCGAAGCGGUAGCACAUUCCUUGGUGAUGUUGUAAACGCACAUCCAGCAAAUUUUUAUCACUAUGAACCUCUACUCGAUUUUGGAAUUGUACAAAUCAGGGGGCCACCACUUGCUGACAGAGCUCUUAGAAACCUUGAAUCUCUAUUAAGAUGUGAUUUUAUUAAUCUUGAUCGAUAUUUGGACUACGGCAAAACGCAUCCGUGGGUGUUCAAUCAUAAUACUCAUUUAUGGAAACAGUGUCAAAUACAUAAGAAAAUUUGUUGGGAUCCACGAUUCGUUUCUAAAUUUUGCAAACUAUUUCCAUUUCAAUCCAUGAAAAUCGUCCGCUUAAGACUGCGAGCCGCAGAGAAGCUUUUGAAACAAGAGGAUUUAGGAGUACGAUUAGUUUUAUUGAUUCGAGAUCCAAGGGGGAUUUUACAAUCAAGGAAACACCGAGAAUGGUGUCCCACUAAUCCCGAUUGUUCCGAUCCAGCAUUAGUAUGUGCUGACAUGGUCGCGGAUUUCAAUGCUGCUGUGCGGCUAAUAAAAAAAUAUCCACGUACUUUUAGGGUGGUACGUUACGAGGAUUUAUCUGUAGAUCCAUACAGACACGUGAAGGAACUCUACAAUUUUUACGGUUUAGAUUUUCAUAUUAAUGUAAAAAGAUUUUUGGACACACAUACAAAGAACGACGUGGGUGGUGUAUCUAGUACGUUUCGAAAUUCGAAAGUGGCACCUUUUCACUGGAGGACGGAUCUCGAUUUUGAGGAAGUGGACGAAAUACAAAGGGUUUGUGCAGCUGCUAUGCGUAUAUGGGGAUACGUCAUGGCGUCGAAUUCUAGUCAUCAAAAGGAGUUCGAUCCGCUCACGGAAUAUCACUUGAAAUUGUGACGCGUGACAUAGCACACGAUAAACGUGUAGUGUCUCGACGUAAACGUAGAGUAAUUCUUAGCUCACCUGCACAGAUACUGAACUUAUCACAAGUGCCCUAAUUCAUAUUGAAAAGGUGGUGCUGAAUGCUUGCCAUGACAAGCGCUUACGAACUUUCACGAUCAAUUUUUUUUGCUGAUCCGGAAGGAGGUCAUCGAUAGUAAAUUAAUUGGACCUUAUAAGACCAAUGGUACACUUGUUCCUUAAAGAACUUAAGAGAUAAGUGCUCUUCGAGCUUGUUGCAUAAUGAAGAUACACUUAGCUAGGAUUUUAGACGAGAAUGUUAGGCGCAAAAAUUUAAACCGAGUUCCUAAGAUCCUGGCAUGCAACAAGGAAUCAUUCAUAUCAGUGCAAACAUUAAACGAAUCUAAAUGAUAGUCUUUUUUAGAAUGCAGAGUUUAACUCUGAUAUAACUGUAACAUAAAAAACACCAAAAUUUUUCACUGAAGUAUAAGAACAAGAAGA